AUGUCAGAUACCGAACUUCCAAUACUGUUAGAAGAAAUAUGUCAGCUCCAAGAACUCGGUGUAAGUUCAACAAGUAUAGGCUUUAACUGGCUGACCAUGGAAUCAGACCGUUUUAUCUGUGUACGUGAAACUACCGGGCCGGCAAACCAAGUCGUGAUAAUCGAUCUCCAUGACACUUCAAAUGUACUUAAAAGACCAAUCACUGCCGACAAUGCAAUAAUGCACCCUACAAGUAAAAUUCUCGCGUUGAAAGCCGGAAGACAAUUGCAAAUAUUCAAUCUUGAUUUGAAAUCUAAAGUUAAAUCUCAUGUUAUGCAAGAGGAUGUAGCAUUUUGGAAAUGGAUUAAUCUCAAGACACUUGGGCUUGUCACAGGGCAAUCAGUAUAUCAUUGGUCAAUGGAAGGCGAUUCGCCUCCGUUCAAAGUGUUUGAUAGACAUGCAAGCCUUGCAAAUUCUCAAAUUAUUAAUUAUCGUGUUAAUGCAGAUGAAAUGUGGAUGGUUUUAGUAGGAAUAUCGGCUGUGGAUGGCAGAGUGGUAGGGAACAUGCAAUUAUAUUCUAAAGAACGUGCAAUAAGUCAGCCAAUUGAAGGACACGCUGCAGCGUUUGCUACCAUCUUAUUGGAAAAUGGCAUUUCACCCACAAGUUUAUUCACCUUUGCUGUACGAAAUCAAAAUGGAGCAAAGUUACAUGUUGUCGAGGUCAAUCAUAAAAAUGAAAACCCACCAUUUACGAAAAAGACAGUUGAUGUUUUUUUUCCACCAGAGGCUACAGGAGACUUCCCAGUUUCCAUGCAAACCGGAACUUGUAUUUAUAUGAACAGGAUUAGUGGUGAAACAAUUUUUGUGACUACGGAACGUGAAAAUGCUAGUGGAAUAGUUGGAGUUAACAGAAAGGGACAGGUGCUAUCUGUCUGUGUGGAUGAAUCCAAAAUUAUUUCUUAUAUUAUAUCGCUAUUAAAUAAUCCGGAAUUAGCACUAAGGAUCGCUUCCAGAUGUAAUUUGCCUGGUGCUGAAAAAUUAUAUAUGGAUAAGUUUAUGCAAUUAUUACAAUCAGGGGCAUACAAUGACGCUGCCAAGGUAGCAGCAAAUUCUCCCCAAGGCUUCCUUCGUACCCCACAAACAAUAGAUCGCUUUAAAAACGUACCGGUGACUCAAGGAUCAUUAUCACCUAUUUUGCAAUAUUUUGGAAUUCUCUUAGAAAAAGGGGAAUUAAACAAGCAUGAGUCUUUGGAACUUGCAAGACCUGUAUUGGCCCAAAAUCGCAAACAAUUAUUAGAAAAAUGGUUAAAAGAAGACAAGUUGGAAUGUAGUGAGGAAUUAGGUGACAUAGUUUUUCAACAAGAUGCGACAUUGGCAUUGUCAGUUUAUCUUCGUGCCAAUAUUCCAAAUAAGGUAAUUACUUGUUUUGCUGAGACAGGCCAAUACCCCAAAAUUGUUCUUUAUGCCAAAAAAGUGGGGUUUCGUCCAGAUUACCCUAUGCUUCUUCAAAAAAUUAUGAGUAAAGACCCCGAAAAAGGAGCCGAAUUUGCUACGUUGUUGGUGAGUGAUGAUGAUGGACUGAUUGAUAUUGAAAAAGCAACUUCAUUUGCUAAAUUUAAAUUCAAACUGCAGGUUGUUGAUGUAUUCAUGUCGAAUAAUAAGAUUCAGCAAGCUACUGCAUUCUUGCUGGAUGCACUAAAAGAAAACAAACCGGAACAUGGACAUUUACAAACUAGAUUACUAGAAAUGAAUUUAAUAAAUUUUCCACAAGUUGCUGAUGCAAUCCUUGGCAAUGAAAUAUUCAGUCAUUAUGAUAAACCACAUAUCGCAUCUCUAUGUGAGAAAGCCGGACUAUUACAAAGAGCGCUAGAGCAUUACACAGAUAUUAAUGACAUAAAGCGUGUCAUUGUACACACUGGUGCUAUGACCACCGAAUUUGUUGUUAAUUAUUUCGGAAAUUUGUCUGUCGAUCAAUGCCUCGAAUGCCUAAAGGAAAUGCUCAAGAAUAACAGGCAGAGUCUACAAGUUGUAGUUCAAAUUGCAACAAAAUAUUCCGAGCAGUUACAGCCAUUAAAUUUGAUUAAUUUAUUUGAGUCCUUUAAAACUUAUGAAGGGUUAUACUAUUACCUCGGAUCGAUUGUCAAUAUUAGUACGGAUCCUGAUGUGCAUUUCAAAUAUAUUCAGGCUGCAGUAAAAACCGGUCAAACCAAAGAGGUUGAAAGGAUUUGCCGGGAAAGCAACUAUUACGAUCCGGAAAAAGUCAAAAACCUUUUAAAAGAAUCUAAGCUCGCAGAUCAGCUUCCCUUGAUUAUUGUUUGCGAUAGAUAUGACUUUGUUCAUGAUUUGGUACUUUAUCUUUACCAACAAAACUUGUUAAAAUAUAUCGAAGUGUACGUUCAGAAAGUAAAUUCGGCUCGAACACCUGCUGUUAUUGGCGGUCUCUUAGAUGUUGAUUGUGAUGAAACGAUGAUAAAAAAUCUUCUUUUGUCUGUUACCGGUCCAGUCCCAGUUGAUCAAUUGGUUGAAGAAGUUGAAAAGCGCAACCGUCUCAAAUUAAUUUUGCCGUGGUUGGAAUAUCGUGUACAAGAUGGUAGUCAGGAUCCAGCCAUCUUCAAUGCAAUGGCCAAGAUAUAUAUUGACAGCAACAACAAUCCCGAAAGUUUCCUCAAAGAGAAUGCUGUAUCAUAUGAACGUGGUCAGUGUGAUUUAGAGCUUGUUAAAAUUACCAAUGAGAACGCCAUGUUCAAACAUCAAGCUCGAUAUUUGGUAAAACGUCGUGAUCAUCAAUUAUGGGCUCAUGUUUUGGAUGAGAAUAAUAUGUUUCGUAGAUCUUUAAUUGACCAGAUUAAUGCUGUAGCUUUACCUGAGUCCCAUGAUCCGGAAGAUGUUUCUAUUACCGUCAAAGCAUUCAUGAAUGCCGAUUUACCAAUUGAAUUGAUCGAACUCUUAGAGAAAUUGAUAUUGGAGAAUACGGCUUUCAGUGAUAAUAAAGCUCUUCAAAAUUUGCUUAUCCUCACAGCCAUCAAGGCUGAUAAAGCUAAAGUGAUGGAUUAUAUAAAUAAACUUAAUAACUUCGAUGCUCCCGAAGUUGCUGAUCUUGCUAUCAAAAAUAAUUUGUUUGAAGAAGCGUUCACAAUUUUCAAGAAGCAUGAAGAUAAUACAAACGCCAUGAAUGUAUUAAUUGAACAUAUUGGAAAAAUUGACCGAGCCGCUGAUUACGCAAAUAAUUGUGAUCAACCAGAAGUAUGGAGUCGUUUAGCGAAAGCACAGAUUGAAGGUCUAAGAAUUAAAGAUUCAAUAGAUUCUUAUAUCCGUGCCGAUGAUCCUACCAACUUUCUUGAAGUAAUUGAUAUCGCAUCAAACGCUGGAAAAUAUGAAGAUCUUGUUCGAUAUUUACAAAUGUGUCGCAAGAAACUUCGUGAACCAGGUGUUGAUAGCGAAUUAUUAUUCGCUUACGCGAAGACCGAACGAUUCCAUGACAUUGAAGAAUUUCUUAAUUCAACUAAUGUAGCUCAAAUACAAAUAGUUGGAGACAGGUGCUAUGAUGAAGGUUUAUAUGAAUCUGCAAAGAUAUUGUUCUCCAGUGUCUCCAAUUGGGCAAGAUUAGCAUCCACACUAGUUCAUUUAGGAGAAUAUCAAGCUGCUGUCGAUGGCGCAAGAAAAGCCAGCAGUACAAAAGUUUGGAAAGAUGUACACAAUGCCUGUGUACAACACAAGGAAUUUCGCUUAGCUUAUAUAUGUGGUCUCAGUCUUAUUAUUCAUGCUGAUGAAUUACAGGAAGUUAUUCGUCAAUACGAAUAUAAUGGUUACAUAGAUGAACUUUUAUCACUUCUUGAAGCUGGUCUUGGCGUUGAAAGGGCACACAUGGGAAUGUUCACCGAAUUGGCAAUUUUAUACACAAAAUAUAAACCAGAAAAGACAUACGAACAUUUACGUUUAUUCUGGUCACGUCUUAACAUUCCAAAAGUCAUUCGAGCUUGUGAUAGAGCGCACUUAUGGAAAGAAAUGGUUUUUCUAUAUGAGAACUAUGAUGAGUUUGAUAAUGCUUCUCUUUCAAUAAUUACUCAUGCUGCUGACGCAUGGGAACACUCACGUUUCAAGGAUAUUGUUGUUAAAGUUAGCAACCUUGAAAUAUAUUACAAGUCUCUGAAAUUUUAUUUGGAUGAGCAUCCUCUCUUGUUAAAUGAUUUAUUAGUGGUUCUUACUCCUAGGAUUGAUCAUACCAGAGUGGUUCAAAUGUUCAAGAAAUCCGACAACUUACCAUUAAUUAAAUCAUAUUUGAUAUCAGUGCAGGAGACAAAUAAUGAAGCAGUCAAUAAUGCAUACAAUGAUAUAUUGAUCGAAGAAGAAGAUUAUAAAUCUCUACGAGAUUCAAUUGAUAACUUCGAUAAAUUUGAUAAUAUCGAACUAGCUCAAAGACUUGAAAAGCACGAACUCUUAGAAUUCCGUCGUAUUGCAGCUCAUCUUUACAAAAAAAAUAAACGGUGGGCACAGUCUAUUGCCCUGUCUAAAGAAGAUCGACUUUUCAAAGAUGCUAUUGAAACAGCUAGUGAGUCACGCUCUAGUGAAGUAGCGGAGGAACUUUUGGAAUACUUUGUACAGAUUGGGAACAAAGAAUGUUUCACAGCAUGUUUGUACACAUGUUAUGAUUUAGCUAGACCAGACGUUGUAUUGGAAAUGUCUUGGAGACAUGGUCUUAACGAUUUUGCCAUGCCAUAUUUGAUCCAAGUUAUGCGCGAAUUCAAUAACAAGAUUGAUCUUUUGGAAAAAGCUAAUGCUGAAAGAACAGCCAAAGAACAGGAACGAGAAAAAAAUGAAAGCGAAAUACCAAUGUUAAAUCCAGCCGGAUUAGGAAAUCAACUUUUAAUUACACAAGGACCAGGCCAAGGCAUGGGACCUCAAGGGUAUGGUAAUGCUUAUAAUGGUAUGAAUAAUAUGUCCGGUUUUCAAGGUGGUUUUUAA